GCCCAGACCGGCGGGAGAGGGGCCUCGCCGCCCGCCCAGGGCCGUGCCCCCUGCCUGCCACCAGCAAUUCCGCCGAGUAAGGCUGUAAAUUAAUACUGAAACCCCACCGACCCAUAAAGGGGAGAGGGAGAGCAGAACCGCGCACAACAUGGCCACUCUGCUGCGGAAAAUCGGGCUGAUCCGCCUGCACAACCGGGACACGGAGGACCCCAAGCACCACCACCACCGCAGCAGCAGCCAGCAGGGCUCCUCGUUGAGAGGCAGGGGCAACCAGAAGAACAGCAGCAACAAGCCGCAGCCGCAAGGCCCUCCCGCGGGCGGCGGCGGCUGCAGCAGCAGCAGCGAGAGCAGCCCCGGGGGCCACAAGAACAAGAAGGCACCGGAGCUCGCCAAGCAGCCUGCACAGCUGCGCUCGGGGGGCGGCAAGGAGAAGCCGCGGGAGGCGGCCAAGGAGCCCGGCGCCGGUAAGGAGACGGCGCAGCGGCCCGGGUGCGGGUCGGGGCCGGCUCCGCUGGUGCCGCUGCCGUCGGGGUCUGGGCCACUGGCGCCCGCGGGCCGGCAGCAGCACUGCACGCAGGUGCGGACCCGGCGGCUGAUGAAGGAGCUGCAGGACAUCGCGCGGCUCAGCGACCGCUUCAUUUCGGUGGAGCUGGUGGACGAGAGCCUCUUCGACUGGAACGUGAAGCUACACCAGGUGGACAAGGACUCGGUACUGUGGCAGGACAUGAAGGAGACCAAUACGGAGUACAUCCUGCUCAACCUCACCUUCCCCGACAACUUCCCCUUCUCGCCGCCCUUCAUGAGGGUGCUCAGCCCCCGCCUGGAGAAUGGCUAUGUUCUCGACGGUGGAGCCAUCUGCAUGGAGCUGCUCACCCCUCGCGGCUGGUCCAGCGCCUACACCGUAGAGGCCGUCAUGAGGCAGUUUGCAGCCAGCUUGGUCAAGGGGCAGGGCCGUAUCUGCAGAAAAGCUGGCAAAUCAAAAAAGUCCUUCAGUCGAAAGGAGGCAGAAGCAACAUUUAAGAGUUUGGUGAAGACCCAUGAAAAAUAUGGGUGGGUCACCCCACCCGUCUCUGAUGGCUGAUGUUAGCAACCUGCACUUGACAAAAAUGCUGAACAAAAGUACUGUGACAUCUCCUCAGUGCUGUAGUCCGCCCAUCUUUUUCUACUUCAGCUUCAGUUGCGUACCAUGAAUGUCAAGGAGACAUCUAAGUUAUUUAUGAACGGAUGUGUUUACAGAGGGAGAGUAAAAAAAAAAAAAAGGCAAAAAAAAAAGCUGUGUAGGAUCACAUUUCAAGACUGGAGAAUGGUCAUCAUUGAAGUCACGUGGUGAGCGGAUGCUGAGAUUGCGUCAUUUGCCCCCAUACAGCCCACAUUGUCUUCAGCUUCUUUCCAUGACAGCAGCACCAAACAGCAGUACUGAAAAGUCUAUCCGUUACUGCUCAGUUCAUUUAAAUGUAAACGAAACAGUUACUAUUUAAUAGGGAAGCAGUGCAUUGCAGGUACAUGUUUGCUGUGCUGUUUAUCUUUGUCUCCUAGCAGGUCAACAUAACUUGAAGAUUUGUCUUUAUGUGGAACUGUGGUCUGCUGUGACUAAAUUUAGACCUCAUUUGUGCUCUAUAUAUGACCUUUAAUUCAUAAGUGAAACCAGAAUUAAAAUGCUGAAAGGUCCUAGUGUUGAAAAAUUAAGUGGAAUUACCCAACCAGUUACAAUGUGCUAUCUAUGCUGAUUUUGUGAUGUGCUGUUCAGAAAUAAACCAGUGCAGUUAGCUGAAGGUUAGGUGGUUUUUUUAAAAGACAUCCACACCAGGGCUUGGAGUGUUUGGUGGUAGCAGAACCACUGCCCUGUCAGUACCUUCUGCAGUAGCAUGUGGCCUGUCAGUUCUCCAAAAUGGCAAAACAAGCAAAUGGAAAUGGACAAAGCAAUCUUCCAAAAUUAUCUGCUUAAUUUUAAAAUGAUAUGCCAGUUACCAAGUACAAAUUUUCAAGGCAAAUGGGACUUGGUUUGUAAGAUGAUUUGCAUGACUGGAAUUUUCUUUAUUUCCUUUUUUUUUGUUUUCCACUCAAUAGGCAUUGUAGGUACUGUAUAUAAAUGUCCUAUUAUUUAAUCAUUAAGAUUUAAGUUUUCUGGUAAUCAAAUUGAAAAAAAACAAAA